CCUAGCGCGACAGCUCGAACCCAUGCUCGUCAGCCCACACAUUGACAUUUGGAUUGAAAUCUAUGUUCAUUGGAUCGAAGGAACUGUGAGAAAACAAGAUUCAAGUGCAAUUGUGCAAACACAGAUACAGUCAAUCCAUUCUUGUCCGUAAUUUACAGACUUCUAAUAUUUUGAGCGGAAUUGGAACAUUAAAGCGCCGAAGGAUGUCGAGGUUUCGAGCACUCUGGCAAGCUUCUGUUAAUGCUACCAAGAAAGCUCUCACAUGGAAUGUUGAAGAUCUAGUACCCCCAAGCGAAAAGUAUAUUUUUAAUUUCAAUUCCAAGGAGGAACUGAAGAGAUGGCAUUUGUACUCAGAUUCUGAAUAUGGAGGUUUGUCCUCUGCGUCAUUGGAGAUAAAAGAUGCUGGCAGUGGAUUAAGUGGUGUCUUCUCUGGCAACCUUUCUUUGGAUGUAACUGAGGGUUCCAAGUGGAGAAUGAAUCGCAGUGGUUUUUGUGGAAUGCGGUCCAAGAAGUUUGAUGGCUUUAUUGAUUUGGAUGCAUAUGAUACAAUAGCAUUGAGGCUUAAAGGAGAUGGAAGAUGCUACAUAUCUACAAUAUACACAGAAAAUUGGGUAAAUUCACCUGGACAAGAAGAAGACAAUUCAUGGCAAGCUUUUGUUUAUGUGCCCAAAGACAAUUGGUAUAUUGUGAAGAUUCCACUUGAUCGAUACUUACCAACAUGGAGAGGGAAUGUCAUAGAUGCAAAGCUGGAAAUGAAUCCUUCACGUGUUGUUAGUAUGUCUCUCUCUGUCAAUGCAGAAGGCGGUGUUCCUGGUGCUAAAUCUGGACCAGGCGAUUUCAAAGUGGAACUUGACUGGAUCAAAGCCUUUAGAACACAAUAAGCUACAUAUGGAACUGUUUUAUUGAAGCAAAGUCUCUAAAUUUCCAUGUGAAAUUUUCUCCUUGAACAUAUAAAGCAAAGAUGCAGAUUGUAUGCAUUACAGCUAACAACUUGUUUGCUUUUGACCAAGCAAGAUAGCAAUGUCUUAGGUAUUCCAACAUUUUCUGCGUUGGGAAUUUUAAAUAUCUGACAUUGUGUCAAUGGGAGUUUGCCAAUUGUUGAGAAUCUCUGUAGAUAUAUUCACAUGGAAUAAGACAAUUCAUAACAAAUUCCUGAGGCUAA